UCGCGACUUCGCGGUCUGUCAUUUACACCACAACGACGAUGCUUUUACAACUCCUCCGCCGCCUAGUGCGGCCGUCCGCAUUCUCAUUCCCUCGGCGAACAGCCUCAUGCGCCAUCCACAAUCCAAUUGCUCGAGUAGUAUCGCCGACCUCCCUCGUUCUCCCCAUCCGCUCCUUCUCCGCAUCAGCACCGCGCCCAGCAACCUUCAACCAAGUCCUUCGAGGCGCAAGACAGUCACAAACAGCUCGGAAGCUGAGGUCCCCGGCCUUGGCUAAUCGACCGGAGAUGAAGGGUGUGUGUCUAAAGGUUGGCACGACAAAACCUAAGAAGCCCAACUCGGGAGAGAGGAAAUUUGCGAGGGUCAGGUUGAGCACUGGGCAGGUCGUUACGGCGUAUAUUCCUGGCGAAGGCCAUAAUGUGCAGCAGCAUUCAGUGGUUCUUGUUCGAGGAGGAAGAGCACAGGAUUGUCCAGGUGUGAAAUAUAGGUUGGUUAGAGGAGCUUUGGAUUUGGGCGGAGUAGGCAACCGGAUCACCUCAAGAUCGAAGUACGGAACGAAGAAGCCGAAGGCGACAUGAACCAUUCUUUGUAUACUUGUAUAUGGUACUGUAAAAUAUCUAGAGUACCUGGCGUUGACUGAGGGAUGCCUGUGAAUAGCAUAGCCACGGAAAGGGGAAUAACCGGUGCCACUAUGACUGCGUAAACACAAAUAUAGGCAUUUGAGAGGUUGCUGAUUCUCGUUGUAAAGAUCUUCACAUUACAUCUGGAUUCUGGCACUACAUUGAAGGAUCUACUUUGCAGUUCCGCAUCCUGGCUUCAGCUACGUUGUCUUAUCAAUCCGGAUCUCUUCGCCUCACACUCUCAUUUCUUGCUUCCUUAACGUACGCUUUCCCGAGACGGUACUCUUCCCGUGCCGUCAUCCUACGAUGAUAAUAGCCUCAAUUAGCUUCCAAAGGGAGCUGACGACAUCAUGGUAUGAUGUCCGUAGAAGUAACCUUGCUGCUAUUCCCUGCUGCUCCCCCGGCGGCCGUCUGGACUCUUUGG